GUUUGCAAAAUUCUUCAACGCAGUGACGUCACUCACACUUGCCGGGUUCUUCACGGGUGAAGACAAGUUUUCGCUGGCUGCCGUUAAGAUUCUGGAACAGUUUUUUGAAACGAAAUACAAGCCCAAGGAUUUGGUGCUUGCCAUGUAUGGGGACGAGAAAAAUGUGGAGGAUCUGCACACCUAUGAGACUUUUGUACUGGGUGCUAUAG